ACGCUGGCGUUGCCUGGGACGAGACUCGGUGCUGUCUUCCAUAACGCCCCGCCUUUCCGAAGGAGUAUGUCGGCGUCUUGGGAGGCUCGGAGGGUCUGGCGGAGAAAAGGGUCGGAAAGCAGAGCCUAUCUCCCUCCUUUGACGUCGAGUUUUCGACCUCGGCCCCGGCACGCGGCCACCGAAUUUCAUCAUCCUGCAGGCCUGAAGCCUGCGAGCCCGCGCGCCAAUUAGCCAGCGAUUGCCUCCACGCGGCAUAGCCUAUGCCGCGGAAGUCCUACGAGCGCAGUGAAGGCAGUUCGAAGCGAUAAGAACGUUGCGGAGCUCUGCACAUUGCUUGUCGAUGUAUCGUUGUCCGUGGCGGAGAGAAUACACGCUGUCGACGGGUGUCGAAUGCCACGGCUGCACAGCAGUCUUAACCGCAUCAAUACCUGGCUGAGCGAGGGAUCAGAAGCAUGGCCUCGUUGAAAGCCAUCCGCUCGAGCAUUGCGGCCGUUAAAGACCAUCCAUCCGUCUCACGCCGCACGUUUUGCUCUUCUGCUGCACGUCGCUAUGCAACCUAUACCGACGACACCAUCUCGAACCUCAGAAUUGACGCGAAUACGCGAGUUAUAUACCAAGGGUUCACCGGAAAGGCGGCAACCAAAAAUGCCCAAGAUACAAUUGAAUACGGCACGAAGGUGGUCGGGGGCGUGACCCCGAAGAAGGGCGGGAGCGAGCAUCUUGGUUUGCCGGUCUUCAACACAGUGCGAGAGGCCAUGGAGCAAGUCAAGCCACAUGCCACCAGUGUCUUCGUCCCCGCUCUCCUCGCCGGCAAAGCCAUCGAGGAAGCCAUUGAAGCGGAGGUGCCGCUGAUUGUGUCGGUGGCGGAGCAUAUUCCCGUGCACGACAUGCUUAGAGUGCAGGAAAUCUUGCGCACGCAGAGCAAGAGUCGACUUAUUGGGCCCAAUUGCCCUGGCAUCAUUGCUCCUGAGCAAUGCAGAAUUGGGAUCAUGCCUUACAAGCAGUACAAGAAAGGUAUCAUCGGAAUUGUGUCUAAAAGCGGAACUUUGAGCUACGAAGCGGUCGGAGCGACUACCAAAGCUGGCCUUGGACAAAGCAUUGUCGUGGGUAUGGGAGGUGACAUGCUUCCUGGGACCACCCAAGUCGAUGGACUCAAGCUCUUCAUUGACCACGAGGCCACCAAGGGCAUCGUUGUCAUCGGAGAGAUUGGAGGGGAAGCCGAGCUGAACGCGGCAGAGUUCAUCAGGGAGUACCGGGCGAGAACGUCGAACCCCAAGCCGAUCGUUGCAAUGGUUUCGGGGAGGACGGCGCCGGAAGGCAAGACAAUGGGUCAUGCAGGAGCGUUGCUGUCUCCGAGAGAUGCCUCGGCCGACAAGAAGGCAAAGGAACUCGAGGCAGCUGGAGCGGUCGUCGUACCGCACCCGGGCCUGAUUGGGACAGAGAUGAAGAAGCUCUUGAAUAUGUAAAGCACGGGUACGAUGGCAGGAUGGGGCGAUGUCAUUCGCGUGCGUUUUGAUGCUAUCCUCGAAUUGCAGCGGUAGAAUAAGGGCCGAUCCAUUGAUCAACUUCUUCACGUCUUGUCUCUACGCGUCAGAAUGAUCUUCCAUGAAAUGCAGCCGUGCCUCGUACAGCCGACACCGGCAGUACGAUCAUACGGCGUGGCAUUGGAGCAGGCAAGAUUUACCGAUCGCAAAACCCGGGGUAGCUUUUAUAACCGCCGUGAUCAUCUCCAGAGGUGCGUCACGUCCAGCAUUCAGCAUCCGCAGAGAAGUGAGAGGUGCCGAAGGCCGUCACGAGCAAACAUGUUCCAGACGCCUUCGUCCAGCUUCAUCAGAG